CUUAGAAGGCUUUCUCUCCCUGACACUGUCUGUCUAUCUGUCUGUCUGUGUGCCUGGCUUUCUGACUUUCUCCCUCAGAGACAGUCUGCGUGCAAGCCAGAAGGACGUGGGAUGGUCAAGAGACGCCAAGAGCCAGGGAGAGAGACACCUAGUGCCACGGGAGCCCAGGGAAACCCAGUCACCCAGCAAACUUCCCGCUGAACCUCCGGAGGGGGCAGAGAACCCUGAAUCGACAGAGGAGACGUGUGUAUGUGCUCGUGAGUGUGUGAACGGAAGGAGAUGAGGAGGAGCCCCUGAAACCAAGGUUUAUCUUUCAUCUUCGCACAGGGGAAAAAAAUGCAACUUGAGAGAUGGAGGUUCUGCGGCGCUCAUCCGUGUUCGCUGCGGAGGUGAUGGAAGUGUUUGAUCGCUCCCCCACCGAUAAAGAGCUGGUGUCCCAGGCCAAAGCCCUGUGCCGGGAAUACAUCCACUCCCGGCUCAUCCGGGCCGGGCUGGUCUGGAGCAAGCCCGAGUACAAGGCGCCGACGCCCGGUGGGAAGCUGGCCGAGGUCUCCAGCAUCCUCCUCCGGCUGGGGGAUGAGUUGGAAUAUAUCCGGCCCAACGUCUACCGGAACAUUGCUCGACAACUUAACAUCUCCGUACAGUCAGAGACCGUGGUGACCGAUGCGUUCUUGGCCGUGGCCACUCAGAUCUUUGCAGCAGGAAUAACAUGGGGCAAAGUGGUCUCCCUCUAUGCGGUGGCAGCAGGGCUGGCCGUGGACUGUGUGAGGCAGGCCCAACCAGCCAUGGUCCACACCAUCGUGGACUGCCUGGGAGAGUUUGUUCGGAAGACGCUGGUGACAUGGCUAAAGAGGCGAGGAGGAUGGGCAGACAUCAUGAAGUGUGUGGUGAACACUGACCCCAGCCUUCGAUCCCACUGGCUCGUGGCCGCCCUCUGCAGCUUUGGUCACUUCCUGAAGGCCAUCUUCUUUGUGCUGUUACCAGAGAGAUGAAUGCCCAGUGCCCGCUGGGCCUUGGGGCCGGGUCCCCUUCCCUGGCCAGAGCAGGGCUGCCCCUGCGCACCCUGGACUCUGGUGAGGGGAAGGGGCAGGGGAAAGUGCUUCUCUCUCUCCAGUGGGAAUACUUGGGCCUGGUUGUAAAAUGCCUUUCAUUUUGGGAACAGGCGGCUAUCUCCACCUGGGAGCAAGCCUUUGAAGGAUCUCAUUUCCCUCCCCAGCCAGGGAGAUGUCAGAGGGGGAUUCUGGGAAGCUGCUGGAUCAGCUUCCCCGAUGCUUGAUGCUCAGCCAUAUUCUCCAAGCUACAAAGGGACUGUCUCCUCUGUUCCACAAUCCUCUGACUGGUCUCUUGUUUCUGCUCCUUCCUACGGUGUCAGUGGUCAAUCUUCUCUUUUUAAAGCCACCCUCGUCUGCCCUUUCCUUCGCCCCCACAUUCAAUGAGCGGCAGGUGCUCAUCACCUUCCCUUGGAUUGCUUCGGUCUCCUGGCCUCUGGAUUUCAUCUCUUCAGUUCCUCCUCCAAACAGUAGACUUCCUAAGUAGCUCGCCCACAAUCCGCUCAGAGGCUCCCCAUGGCCUCUGAGAUAGUUCCUUAACCUGGCUUUUGUUUUUACAUCACAAUUAUGCGCAGUUGCCUGCACCCCAGUGAACCUUCCCUUUGCAUAAGGAGCAUCAGUUAAGAAAAAUGAAUUGACAUUAAAGUAGUGUCUGCCAUCUUAUGCAACCUUCUGCACCUGUUGUCUCACACCUCUCCAAGGAAUGGAGGGAGGAGCAUUUCUUCAUCUCUUUCUUUUCCAGACAUAGUCACAUGAUUUUCCAUCAUGCACUCUAUACUCCAGGCAAACUGGACUAUUUAGUCAUUCCCAUGAAUCUCCCAUCUCUGUGCAUUUGCACAAGCUGUACCCCCAUAUAUGGAAUGCACUCCUUCCUCAUUGCCCCCUUCCAGGAUCCAUUCCCUCCUAGCCUUUCUUGAUCCUCCCCUCCUCCCUCAGUUGUUACUGUUCUCAUUUUUUAUUGACUUUGUAUUUAUUUAUGUGUGUAAUGUGUGCAAUCCUCUUAGUGGAAUGGAAACUCCUUGAAGGCAAGGACUGUUUCAUUUUUGCCUUUAGACCCCAGCACCUGGCAUAGUGCCUGGCACCUAGUAGGUGCUUAAUAAAUGUUUGUUGAUUGAUUGACUGAUUGAUCCCCACUGUUCUUAAAACUCCUUACUCCUUUGGAUUAUCUUGUAUCUUGCAUUUACUUAUGUGGGUAACUUGUAUCUCUGAAUAGAAUGUAAGCUCCCCGAGGGCAGGGGUUGUUUUCAGUUUUCUUUGUGCGCCUGGCACCUAGUAGUUACCUAA